GCGCCAGAGUCUCCCCUCACUCCCUGCCCGCCGACUGUUGCCUCCGCACCCUCGUUGCAAAGGGUCACGCUAAACGGGCACAAGUUUGAGUGAAGAGUGUGUGGCGUCCACUGACAUUAAGGACGUAACUGAAGAGCGGUCCAAGGCUGGGAGUGACUGACGAAGACGGCUGAGCGUGUGUCUGCCCGUCAUGGCGGCAGUGCCUAGGGGCGUUAUGCUCCUGCUGGGUCUGUCUUUGACACUGACCCUCGCUGCAGGUGCUGACCAUGAAGUGCAGCAGGUGCGGGGUCCGAACGUGGUGACCAGGGCGCUGGGCCCCUUGAUGGAAGUCAGUGGCUCAGAGCCGAGUCCUCCCCGAGAGCAGCGUGAGGCAAGUUUUUCUGGUGGUCCAUGCUACUCGUGUUCGGGAGGCCUGCACCACUCGGGUCACGAUGGCGGGUACAGCUCCCGUGAGGAGGUGCGGAGUGAACAGCGAUACGUCAACGGCAAGCCUGUGUAUGAUGCCUACCACGAGCGUCGCUUUGAAAACGAUCGCAUCGUGCACGAUCGUAGAGUAGUGCAGGACGAGGAUGAUUUGGAAUCACGUCCACCCUCAUCUGGCACAUAUCGCUCACAAUCUUCCCUCACUCGCGACAGCAGCACAGACAGGGGAAGCUACAGGUAUCCAUCCCCUGUUGGCAUCAACCGGGGCCGCAGCAGGACAUACAGCUCCAACGUCCACGAGGAAAGUGAGGAGAGUGAUGCCUUUGAUAGGGAGUUUGCUCGCAUGCAGGAAAAUCUGAGGCGGCAAAUGAUGACUUAUGGGUCACAUCAACCAAGCCUCGGCAGCUCCCAUCGCAGAGAAUACAGCUCACGCGUCCAUUACGUCAACGGCAAACCCGUUUUUGAGAAAAAAGAGGAACGCAAGUACAAGGACGGCCAGCUAGUACAUGAGGACACUCAAGAAAACAGAGCGGAUCACUUUGGUACAGAGGACGUGGUGGGGCGGUAUGAUGCUAAUGGUGCUCUCAUCACUGACGGCUCUUACAAUGGGGACAGCCACUACCGACGAUAUGACACAAGAGAACAGACAAUACCCAGCCUCUCCCCCUCUUACACUUCUGAAUACUCUAUGACUGCCCGAGAGCAGCAACAGUCUGGAACGACCUACCCGGGUUACCGUGCCCCUACAGGCAACUCCUAUCCCCAGACCCAUACAUCUCAUCCUCAAUACCGAAGACCUAUUCCAAGGCCGUACAACCCUACCUAUAGCAGAGUUUCCUCCGACCAGCGCGACACGGAGUUCAGCAGUUCCUCCUCCUCCCCCCGCUACCCUUCACGCACCCCUGGCUACAACAGACCUGGCGGUUAUGACUAUAACUCUCGUGAAGACACACAACCCUCCUACCCAUCUGGUCACUCCCCCUAUCCCUCCCACAGGAAACCCUCGACACCCAACAGAGAGUAUUCACCCACACACCGCCCAGACUUUGAUGAGCCCACCGUCUACCACCGUGGUCAGACCCACCAUUCCGCCUCCGAGUCUCACCUUACACAGCAGCGCCCACGACACCCAACGAAUGACCGCGAUCUGCAAGUGACACAUGUACAGCAAGCCUCCAGGAUUCCUGGAGAUGAGCAGCCCAGCGGUCAGAAUACCGCUCAAUCCACUCUCACAUGGGGGUCAUCAGAGGACAGAAGUAAGCCGCUUUACACCAACGCAUUACCACUCCCUGACACCUAUGAAGUGGAUCACUAUGGGCAAAGAGAGUUUGACAGUGAUUAUCCCCAUCGGCGACCAAGCAUUAGCGAUCAACACCCUGACACCAGCGAGGAGGAUGAUGAACCUGUUGAAGAUCUGCAACAGCAAGAAGACACUGACGACGAUCGCUACGACAUAAGCCCCUUGGAGGAUGGUGGGUUGUCCCAGAUACCGCCAGUUGACAAUGAAAUGGUGUUUCGUGGUCGACUUCCAGAGCCAGAAGAGGAUGACAGAGAUGAUGACUUGCACAGAGGGCAAGGCGGCGUGGAUCGCGAUAACACACGUAUAGUCGGCCAAGAUUCUGCGUGGUCGUCCAACACGAAUGAAUACAGCAAUACAAGAGAGAGUGUCGACGACUACAACUCCCCCUCCUACCAUCCCCAUCCAGGUCCUGUCUCUGGGGGGUCCAGUCAUUAUCAUUACAAUGAGACCAGACGGCAAACGGUGGUGUCGGGCAACCACCAGCGUUACCCUGAUGACAGCUUGCCAUGCACUCGACCUAAUGGGUGUGUAGUGGUGGGCACUCCACACACUUCCUCACGUCGCUCUGAGAUCCGUACUGUAUACAAAUACGUGAACGGACGUCUGAUUGGCAUGACGAAGCAUGAACGCAGGUAUGAAAACGGAGAAUUGGUGUAUGAUAACACGACACAGCAUGGACGAGACGAGGUGGUCAAUUUCAAUUUGCAAGAGUAUGGUGAGGGCCAGGUGGAUCUGCCCCAGGAGGCCAUCCGCCCAGGUAUCAUGUCACAGCAGCAUGAAGUCACAGAUGAAAAGGAGUACGUGAACGGGCAGCAGACAUACGAUCUUCACCAUGAAACUCACUAUGAGGAUGGAAGACUCGUGUACAAUAACCGCAUCGAGCUUGAUGAGGACGAUCUGCUGGAGAUGGGGCGGCACACAGGUGCUGGACUGCAAGUCACGGACCACAGCAGGGAGGAGACCAUUCAGAGCCACCACCACACCAUAGAAGGAGAUGCUAGCAUUCCCUUCCUUCAAGUGCCAGACAGCCCAGCACCGCACAGCCCUGGAUAUGAAAGUCGUCGCUUCGAGAGCCGUCAAGAACAGGAAUUCAUCAAUGGCCAGCCAGUGUACAAAUCACACCACGAACGACAUUUUCAUAAUGGGACACUAGUGUAUGAGAACAGCACCGAGCAGGACCAAGACGACUUAGUGGGAGCCCCACACCAUGACGUCCUUCCUAACAUCCUGGCCGGGAACACCAUCGUUACUGCUCCCCAGAGACCCUCCAGUAGCCCCUACGAACCAAACAAUGAUUCCCAUGAAGAAGACUUUUACAGUAGACAGUCCUAUGGAGAGGUGUUGCAGACCAGUGAUACUCACAGUCAAAAUAGGCCGUAUGGCUCCUACAGACCCAACACAGGGACACAGCAGUCCAGAGAUGACUACACAAUGCACAUUCAGGACAGGGACGGCUACCCAGAUAGAACAGGCGCCCACGGCACCCUGGUGACAUCAGAAAACAGAGAGAGGCACAGCUCCACUUCGGAGAGUAGGGUAGGCACUGACCUCCUCUCCUCCCACACUCCCGGCUCAGGACGCGCUACCACCCAUGUGCUGGGAGGAACAGGCAGGCUGCUCACAGGCUCGGGAUCCCUGCGGAGCGGGUCCUCCACCUAUGGUUCAACUUUAGACGAUGAUUCCUUAGAAACUACAGGCAGCAGCAUCAGCAGCAGCACCAGCACCAGCUCCCAACAGCAUGUGGAGACUAGCGAAAUGAGUGGGUCUGGCUGCCUGACUUGUGUCCUCUUCUCGGGAUCAAAGCACCAAAACGACAGCUCCUUAGGGCUUUCUGGAAGCGUGGGUGUGGGCGGAGGAACUAGCCAGCGACAGGAGAUGAGCAAUGAAGAGCACUACCGAGACGGUAAACUGGUAUACGGCCACGAGGAAAGCCGCAGGUUCCAAGAUGGCCAGCUGGUGCACGAAGACUCACGCGAAUACUCUGACCCGAAUACAAACGGAUCCUCUGGUUCUUCUUCUUUGUCCUCAUCUUCCUCAUCAUCAAGGUCCAAGGCCUCCUCCUCCGUUUCUAACGUGGGUCCCUACUCGUCGUGGUCGUCCUGGUCCUCAUGGUCGUCGUGGUCUUCGGGUGGCUUGCCUCUGCCGGCCACUGACGACGUGUGUGCCUCUAAUCCUUGUCGCAACGGAGGGACGUGUCUGGCUGGAGUGUACGGCCCCAUUUGCACCUGUAGCUACGGGUUUAGAGGUAAUGAGUGCGAGGAGGCGGCGUGCAUGAGAGGCUACUGUCGGCACGGAGGUCAGUGUAGGAUAGUGGGCGGAAACCACCUGUGUCACUGCCCCAGUGAGUACACAGGGCCUCGGUGCGAGCGGCAACAAUCAUGGCGCACUCGACGACGCAUCGCCUCCGUCAGUCCGUGAGGCGUGGAGUGAGGCGAUGAGAGUCAACAGAGCGAGUUUCUUGUCCAUUUCUAAGCAAUAAAACCUUCACAACAGGGAAAAAUAGGAAAUGCGGUCCUCCCAAAGGACGACAUCUCUUCAUUCCGAAAUGUCGUUCUCGAGAUGAAGGUGUAUAAACAUAAAGUUUUCAAAAUGAGGCCUCGAGGACCGCCUCUAUUUGCUGAUGCAGUGCACAACAUCCUCAUGAUGGUGUAGCUGGCGCUUUUCUUUCUUUUUUUUUUUUAUGAAUUUUACUUUAAUUUCAUUUGUCGUCAAGUCUGAUGCAUUGAUGGAAGGCAGCAGUCACAUUGUCGCACGCUCUGCUACAGGCCGCAAACUUCUCUUCUUUGCCACAAAUCCUUCCCACCAAAAAUUACACCCGAUGAACAUUUUCUGUGACAUAAAACCGAUGUCUUCAUUUAUGAUCAAGGUAUGAUGUCCUAGAUGUGUAGUCUUUCUAAAGCAACAUAAUACAGUAAACACGUAGUACAUUUGCUGCAAGUGUGUGAGGCAGGGUUUACCUAUGCUGUGUACACACCUUUCCUUAAUUCACGAGUAAACUUUGGUAUCAGCUCGCUGCAACAAAUACAAACCAUCGAAAAGAGUAAGAGUGCAUAAAUUUCAAGCGCUUGUCAAUAUUCUCCUCUGCCAUACGACUCAAAAUGCAUUACUUUCCUAUUUUUUUCCCGCAUGCUUGCCUCCCACCAGGACGUUAUGCUCCUCAUGUUCCAUUCACGUUUACCACUCUGCUUCUCUUAUCCUUUUCAUUUUCAUUCAGUUUUCACCUCGCUAUUUCUUACGCUUCUUCACCCUUCCUUUUCUUUUUUCUCUCCAUUUCUUUAUUAUAUAUCUUCUAAUUUUGUUCCUCUCCUUCUUCCUCCUCCUCCUCCUCCUCCUCCUCCUCCUCCUCCUCCUCUUCCUCCUCCUUAUCUUCUUCCUCCUCCUCCUCCUUUUCCUCCUCCUCCUCCUUCUCCUCCUCCUCCUCCUCUUCCUCCUCCUCCUCCUUAUCUUCUUCUUCCUCCUCCUCUUCCUUCUCCUCCUCCUCCUCCUCCUCCUCCUCCUCCUCCUCCUCCUCCUCCUCCUCCUCCUCUUUUUCUUCCUCCUCUUCCUCCUCCUCCUUUUUCUACAAUCAUUUCAUUAGUCACUCACUUCAGCACCAAGAUAUAAAAAGUCACAUACAUCAUCUUAAUAUUUUUUAUAUUACAUAAUUAUUAUUAUUAUUAUUAUCAUUAUUAUUAUUAUUAUUAUUAUUAUUAUUAUUAUUAUUAUUAUUAUUAAUAUUAUUAUUAUUAUUAUUAAUAUUAAUAUUAUUAUUAUUAUUAUUAUUCAAUUAAUUUAUGUGUAACUUAUGAAUCCCAACUGUACUAUAUCUGUGGCAUCAAACACGGUAUAAAAGUAUAUUUCCCAGGUUCACUGUACUUAGUGUGAAAGCGAAUUAUAUAUAAUUGUUUUCACAAUCAAAUAAAUAUAAUAAUGAUAAUAACAAAUUGAC